CCUCCCGGUUGCAGCGUUGCGACAGAGACGGAGAAUUCAAACGACAUGAAUGUAGAAAAUAAUCAUACGGCAGAAACAGAGAGGGAGCAAACGACGAACGGCAACGAGACUAUCACCAUUCAGACUACUCUGGGAGACGAAGAUGAAGAUGUGCACAAGUGUGGACGAUGUCAGUCCGAGUUUUCCACCCUGGAAGCUUUCAUUCAGCACAAGCUGCACCGCAACUGCAAACGUGUGGAGGCGAGCAGCCAGGAAGAGGUUACUGCGGCCAAUGGAAAUUCUUCUACAGACGUGAGAACAGCUGAAGAUGCGUCUUCGGACGAGCCAGUGAAGACCAGUCAUGAUGAAAGCACCGGUCCGUUGGGUCGAGGUCGCCGGAAGAAAAUCGCUUCACAUAAAGCCACUGACCAGUCAGACGGGACUGAAGGAUCCAUGUCUGACAAUGCUGACAGUGACAAGCCUGUUUACAAAGUCAACCAAGAGGGACGCUACAUUUGCCAGCUUUGUGAAAAGACAUUUAAAACCACCAACAUCUUGAGAACUCACAUGAAAACUCACAGUGACCAGAAGAACUUCUCGUGUGACCUGUGUGGGACCUCCUUUCGUACUAAAGGUUCCCUCAUUCGUCACAACCGUCGUCACACCGAUGAGCGACCGUACCGGUGUACUCUGUGUGGCCAGUCCUUUAGAGAGUCUGGUGCUCUCACCAGACAUCUUAAAGCUCUCACACCCUGCACGGAAAAGAUCCGCUUUGUUCAGUACAAAGAAAUCCUGGUCAGCAAGGAUGGAGUGCAGAAAGGUGUCGAAGAUGAUCAAGCUGCGGUGGCUGGUCAGCAGGAGGUGGUGGUUGUGGAGCAGCAGUCAGAGGAGCAGGAGAUGGUGGAGGCUCAGACUGCUGUGGUCAGCGUGGUGGAGGCUGGUUCCCAGGAGGUCCUCCAUCAGGUCCACUUCACAAUGGAGGUGGAUGGAACAACACAGGAGCAGCAGGUGGUGGUGGAACAGUCUCAGGCAGAAGCUCUGGCUGCUGCUGCAGCUGCAGGUGACAAUCUGAUCUGCCAGGCCAUCAUCAACUCGGGCAUCACACUAGGGACAGAAGAAACAGUGGUCGAGGAGACUUCACAGACAGCUGAGGAGAUCAACAAAGUGGUUUCUGAGCGUCCGGAUGCUGAGGAGAGUGUCAUUGAGAUCCAGGUUAAAGAGGAGUUUGUAGAAAUGGAAGAGGAAACAGGUGAUAGCGAUGAUCGGACAUCAUCAAAACUGCACACGUGUCCACACUGUAACCGCUCCUUCAAAGGCUUGAAUUAUUUCCGUUUUCAUGUCAAAGGCCAUUUAGGUUAUAAGCCCUUUAAAUGCACAUUAUGUCAAAAAGAGUUUCUAACUGGCUACCUGCUGAAGAAACACAUGGAGGUCCACGUCAGCGAGAGGCGCUACAAGUGUGGCGAGUGUGGAAAGCUGUACAAAACCAUCGGACACGUCCGCGAACACAUGAGGGCCCACUCAGAUGAAAGACCCUACCACUGCAGCAGGUGCAACAAAGGAUACAAGACCAAGAACGCCUUGCAAGUGCACCAGCGGACUCAUGGUGACGAGAAACCCUACGUGUGUCAGUUUUGCUUGAGAGGCUUCAGAGAAAAAGGCUCCCUGGUGAGACAUAUCCGUCACCACACUGGAGAGAAGCCUUUCAAGUGCCCCAAGUGCGGUCGGGGAUUUGCUGAGCACGGGACCCUCAACCGGCAUAUGCGUGCUAAAGGAGGCUGCCACAAGGACGAUUCCAGCGAGCAGCAGGAUGCCGUGUCGGAGGAGCAGGCGUCUGUGGACAGCCUCGCUACAGCCGCCAUCAUUUCAGAGGAUCCUCACGCUGUCUUGGUGGAGUUUUCCUCAGUGGUGGCGGACACACAGGAGUACAUCAUUAAGACUCAAACAGAGGAGGAAAUGCAGGAAGGAGAAGUUACACUCAUUCAAGACAGCCAGAAUGAGAUGGGAAACCACAUCAUGAAAGUUGUGCAGCGAAUUGUCAGCCAGUCGCACGGCGCCGGCGGUUCGGGCAGCCACCAGAUCAUUGUGCGAAACGUGGCGGUGGACGAGGACGGACCGUCCAUCUCCGACUGCGGCGACACCAUCACCAUUGCCACGCCCGAGAGCCUGACGGAGCAGGUGGCCAUGACGCUGGCCUCCGCCAUCAGCGACGGCACGCUGCUGGCCACGGCGGGUACCGUGGAGACAGAGGAGGGAACGGUUACCAUGGUUACAACGGAGGAAGCAGUAGAGGAGGGAAUACAGAUGGUGCAGCAGCAAGAGGAAUAUGUCAUCACCUCCCCUGAGGAGGUGGAGAUUCAGACUGUCAUCGUAUGAUCAAACAGGAUUCUAGCGACGGACUGGAACGGCUUUGGCUUCGACUGUAACCGUGCAGCCGAUUACUGUAGAACUGUUUGUGUGAGUGAGUCGGUUGCAAAACUAAGGCCAAAGUGUUGAUAGAAUUUAAAGUUCUGAAAUACAACUACUUACAAAGAAAACUGUGUGUGUGAGAUAUAAAGUGUGCAUGAGGACCGUUUCCUUCAUGUGAUAGAGUUUUGUUGAUGGAUUUACUAAAAUGGAUCUCUGCUUUGAAUAUUCUAGCUAAUUUGUGAACUUUUAGAUGCCUCCUGCCUAAAGUAAUGACUAGAUGCUUUUUGUAAGUUUUUAAUUUUGUAGGUCUAAACCGAUGCCUUUUUUCUUUCUUCUCAUGGUACAAACUGAACAAGUCUUUGCCUCCAUUUGUUGUAGCCUCGUGUCUCUUCUUUACUGCAGUCAAAAAGUGAACUUCCAUCUUCGUUCCACUUCCCAGUUCGUUGCAGUUCUCCCUUCUCCUCCCAGGUCGGCUACGGACAAGUUUUUGAACUGUUCAUGUCAAGCUUGAGAUGUGAUGCUCUCUAAAGGCUGAUCCAGACUGUGCGCUCGCCCGUGUGAGGCCUCCAUGAUGCAGUGUUGCAGUUCAAGCUCCUAUAAGGCAUCUUUAAGCAUGACGGAUGCACCAGUGGACAGACAGAACAAUGUUUGACGCAUUACACAGAGUUUGCAUCAAAUAAAUGCUAUUUUCUUACA